GAUGUAAAUACACAGAACUUUUUUUCCCUUCUGUCUCUGGAGUUUGCAGAACUUCUUCUUCUGGUUGUUCCAUCGCAGAAACCAGAAUCCAGCUAAAGGAGGAGAUAAGAAGUGAACAUCUGGGAGAUAAAAACUCUUUAUUCUCCUCCACGAUGGUCCUCUGAGGCCCUCCGGACCUUCUCAGCGCCGAGCGGCCGGACUGGACGCGGAUCGGACCGGAGAGGAGCCGCCGGAGCCGCAGCGGACAGAGAUGUAGCGUGUUUGUUGGCGUGACCGGCGGACCAUCAUGCACCUCUUCCUGCUGCUGAUCCUUCAAACCACAGCAGCCUUCGGACAGAUCGACCCCGCUCACUGCCGCUAUGCCCUGGGCAUGGAGGAUGGACGCAUCAAGGAUGAUGACAUCACGGCGUCCAGCCAAUGGUACGAGACCACGGGACCGCAGUACGCCAGGUUGAACCGGGAGGAGGGAGACGGUGCCUGGUGUCCUGAAGGACAGCUGGAGCCUUCAGACAGUCAGUAUCUACAGGUGGACCUCGGCAGACUCACCUUCCUGACCAUCGUUGGCACUCAGGGUCGAUACGCCAGGAGCUCCGGGAACGAGUUCGCCCGAGCGUAUCGCCUCAACUACAGCCGGGACGGACUGCUGUGGAAGUCCUGGAGGAACCGUCUGGGGAACCCGGUGAUGGAGGGCAACAAGAACGCCUACGCCUCCGUCAUCAAUGACCUCCAUCCCCCCAUCGUCACCCGCCACGUCCGGCUGAUCCCCGUCACCAAACUGUCCACCACCGUGUGCAUGAGGGUGGAGCUGUACGGAUGUCCGUGGGACGACGGUCUGAUCUCGUACGCCGCCCCGGAGGGCCAGCUCAUGAUGCCUCCCGGUUACCCUAUCGCCAGCCUCAACGACUCCACCUACGAUGGAACUCGCGAACGGAGGAGGCUGUCUGGCGGCCUGGGCCAGCUGACGGACGGCGUCAUCGGCCUGGACGACUUCCUACUGACCCGCCAGUACCACGUCUGGCCCGGGUAUGACUACCUGGGCUGGAGGAACGACUCGCUGGGGACUCAGGGAUUCGUGGAGAUGGAGUUUGUGUUCGACCGGCAGCGGAACUUCACCUCCAUGAAGGUUCACAGUAACAACAUGUUCUCCCGCGGUGUGAAGAUCUUCUCCUCCGUCUCAUGUCAGUUCAAGCCCCACCUCAUCGCCAACUGGGAGGCGGAGCCUGUGGCAUUCAAGACAGUUCUGGAUGACAGGAACCCGAGCGCCCGCUACGUCACCGUGCCGCUGAACCGCCGCGCCGCCAAAUCCCUCCGCUGCCGCUUUUACUUCGCCGACGUCUGGAUGAUGUUCAGCGAGAUCUCCUUCCAGUCGGAGGACACCGUACUGCCGACCCAGAUGACCCUGGUGGGGACAUCUCCUGUGGCCAGUGAAUACAACACCAUCACCACGGCUACCGAGACAGCGAAUCCAUCGGCCAGCGACUCUCCUGACGUCAGCAACACACCCGUCCUGAUUGGCUGCCUGGUGACCAUCAUCCUGCUGCUGGUCAUCAUCAUCUUCCUCAUCCUGUGGUGUCAGUAUGACUGCAAGGUGCUGGAGAAGGCUCCACGUCGGAUCCUGGAUGAGGAGGUGACGGUUCGACUGUCGUCCUGCAGCGACACCAUCAUCCUGCAGACUCCUCCUGUUCCUCCUCGGUCUGGACAUCCUCCUACAGGUCCGGCCAACACUGACCCUCAUUACGAGAGAGUUUUCCUGUUGGACCCUCAGUACCAGAACCCGGCGGUGCUGAGAAACAAGCUGCCGGAGCUUUCGCAGAGUGCCGAGGCCUCCGCUCUGCUCCUCGGUAACCCUCUCUAUGACCUGCUGCUGCUCACUUCCUGUCACAUGACGUCGGGCUGGCUGCGUGCGUGUGGUGGAGGCUACGCCGAGCCGGAUGUCACCCAGUGCACGCCGCACCAGUGUUUCCAUAGCAACGCGCCGCACUAUGCCGAGACGGACAUUGUGCGUCUGCAGGGCGUCACUGGCAGCAACAUGUACGCCGUCCCCGCCCUCACCGUUGACUCGCUCACCAGGAAGGACAUCUCCGCUGCCGAGUUCCCGCGGCAACAGCUGAUCUUCAGGGAAAAGCUGGGGGAGGGGCAGUUCGGAGAGGUCCACCUGUGCGAGGCGGAGGGACUCCCAGAAUUCCUUGGGGAAGGAUCGCCGCUGCCGGACCGAGACGGACACUCGGUGCUGGUGGCGGUUAAACAGCUGAGAGCCGACGCAACCAGCCAGGCCAGGAAUGACUUCCUGAAGGAAAUUAAAAUCAUGUCUCGGCUGAACGACCCCAACAUCAUCCGGCUGCUGUGCGUUUGCGUUUCGUCUGACCCGCUGUGCAUGGUGACCGAGUACAUGGAGAACGGAGACCUCAACAUGUUCCUGUCGCAGCGGGAGAUUGAGAGCACGCUGACCUACGCCAACAACAUCCCUUCAGUCAGUCUGUCCGACCUCCUCCACAUGUCGGUGCAGAUCUCGUCGGGGAUGAAGUACCUGGCGUCCCUGAACUUUGUCCACCGAGACUUGGCCACCAGGAACUGCCUCCUGGAUCGACGCCUCACCAUCAAGAUUGCCGACUUUGGGAUGAGCAGGAACCUGUACAGCAGCGACUACUACCGAAUCCAAGGCCGGGCGGUGCUGCCGAUCCGGUGGAUGGCCUGGGAGAGCAUCUUACUGGGGAAGUUCACCACGGCCAGCGACGUCUGGGCGUUUGGAGUCACCCUGUGGGAGAUCUUCACUCUGUGUAAGGAGCAGCCAUACAGCCUGCUGUCUGACGAACAGGUCAUAGAGAACACUGGCGAGUUCUUCAGGAACCAGGGCAGACAGAUCUUCCUCUACGGCCCUCCGCUCUGCCCUCCUUCCCUCUUUGAGCUCAUGAUGCGAUGUUGGAGUCGCGACAUCCCUGACCGGCCGACCUUCGAGGGACUCUACCAGGCCCUGAGGCCCCACGUCAGCCAGUGAUCCACCGGGUCGCACCGGUCCAGUUCUCCUCGGCGUCGAUGGGAUUGCUAUUAGAAAAUGCAACAACACCGAGGACUGGAAUCAUGGCGGGGGGACGAAUAGAGUCAGGAGGUCGGUUUGCUUUCCGUUCGGAGAGCUGGAGGAAGAAAACGCUGGUCAUCUCAGAGGAGAAUCAGACCUUUCAGUCUGUAGAUUUCUGAGCUUUCUAAAGAUUUCUACCAAAAAUCUCUUGUCAGACCUUUUUAAAAAGUCGUCUUUGUCCCGAAAGUUGCCUUAAACUUCACUUUCCUCCACUCUUUGGAUGCCAAAAACUGCACGGACGUUUCAGUCUUGGUAGUUUUUCCUGCCCCUGUGGUUUUUAUUAUUAAUAUUAAUAUUGUUGUAAAGCACUGUGUCUGUGUCUCUCAGUUAUUCUUAUAUUAACCCACACUGGAGUUAGGGCUAGGGUCAAACCGUAGUGUAGGAUUUUAGAUUUUUAUUCUAUUUUAUUUUUCUUGUUUUAUGAUAUUUUCACUUUUGUUGGUGUUUGUGAUUUUUUGUGGAUAUGAAUGUUGUUGAAACCUGUGUGCUUCACAGACUGGAAACCAGUCGGUGGGUAACUGUGGGAAAGAAUCUGGAGUGGAGGCGAAUUGAAACCACAUAAGUGCCGUUUUUGUUGCCAAAGAGAAAGUGGUGGAAGCUUUUCUCCAAAGUGCCUUGUAGCAUGAGUGGUACCAGGAGGAAGGCUGGGGUUACCUUGACAAUACCAGUACUGAUAGAGGAGAAAUUCACCAAGUAUCUGAUGCCAAAGUAUCAUAAACCUGCGGAAUAUGCAGUGUGAAUUAGCCAUGUUCCACUGCAGGAACUUGGAGAGCAACUCCAACCUUUGUACAUGUUCUUACUGCAUGAACCGUCCCUGUACAACCUUUUUAAGGGUAGUACGCACUCCAGGUAGUGGGCAGGCAUGUUUGAGAAGUCAAGAAAUCAUUUCUGUGGCGUUUCGUUGUCUUCAUCCAGUGAUCUUCUCCACUGGAACAUCGCAUCAACAAUGUAAAAUUCAUCAUGUAGUCCAACAAAACAAACUUCCGUUGUUCUGUUUCCUCCAUUUUCAUAGAACUGAAGUUUUGUCAGGUAGUUUACACUUUGCUUCUGCUGUAGUACCUUCUUCUGCCACCAUUUACUUUUUAAUGAGAUGCAUUUACAUGACUACCUGUAAGGAUCCAUAAAACAAGUGCAACUUCCUGCUCUGUUGGAGUUAUUGGAGUAAAGGCUAUUAACUACUGUUUGUAGAGAUGUUCCAAUCAAGUUUUCUGCCCCUGAUCUGGUCCAUGUCAUCGGUAUUUAGCAUCUGCCGAUAUCGAGUAGCAAUCCAACAGCAUUUACCUUGAAAACACAGACUUUAGGUUCAUGAAAGCUAUUAAAAUCAGUCUGAUGUGUAUGCUCAUUUAAUCAGUUCUUCGAUGUUUGGUAGGUGUUCAGGAACCUUGUUGUAAAGCUCUGGUACGACACUGUCUGAAAUGUAGUAUUAGAUGGUAGGAUGUACUGUGGUUUGUUCCACAAGCUCCAAUAGAUGUGUAAAACCUGUACUCUCUGCAUGACAUCAGUAAAUGUGUCGUAGAUCAGCUGUAGUACCUGGUUGUUCCACCAGGUGGAGCUUCUUACUGUUUUAUGAGAUGGAGUUACAGGUAUGUUUGCUGACCGCCUGUGAUGGUAACUAAAACGAGCACGCCUGCCUGCUGUUGUGUUGAUGAACUCUGAAGUAUCAGGUUGUAAAAAGGUGUCUGACAGCUGUCCGGUUAGUCUAGCUACCUGAUGCUAAUGCUAACACUAAGCUAGGAGCCUCUUACAGUUUUAUACUGUAGCGACCAGAGGAGGCAAACUCAGACUACAGGAAGUUCAUGUUGGCAAGCAGAGAGCAUUGUUGGGGUUGCGCUGGUAAAGGGGCGCCAUGACAAAGACUUAUGUGUCAGUUAAUGACCUCCGACCAGAACUUUAGAACUUUAGCAUUCCCACAAUCCAGUGACAUAUAUAACAGGAAUCUGUCUCAGACUACAGUGAUGUUUUCCAUUUCAGACACCUGUGUGACAGUUGAGGUAAACAGGAUUGGAUUCAGGUUAAAGCCUGUUCCUCUAUCGUUCCCAGAUCCUGAUCUUUGAGUUUGGAGUGGUACAUCUCCAACUAUUGGUCCUGGUUUUGGUGAAUUCUGAGUUAACAUUGUGGUUGCAGCUGUUGGAUCCUACAAGAAACACCAAACGUGACCUCAAACCUCCCCCAAGUUCCUGCAGUGGAAAGCUGACUAGUUUCACGGUUUCUAAAAUGAGAUUAUCCUGGUUUACUUUGGUUUUUAUCCGCAUUGGAGUUUGGAAAUUCUGCAUUCGUAGUUGCCAUGGAAUGCGGUAUUAGUACAAAAAUAACACAAUAUGAGACUUAGCAUUUGGCACCAAGCACUUCAACACGAUGCACAGAUGAACUUCACUGCACAUGAAACUUUAUAGUGUGAUAAUAUGUCAAAGUGGUGAAACACAUUCAUUUUUCUUUUGGGUCAUUUCAUGAAAAAUCAGUCAGUUCCUCCCCCGACUUCCUCAGAAUCCGUUUAUUCUUCAUCUUAUUAAUGAUCAAAGUUCUACCUUCACACUGUGAAUAUUUCCAGAGUUCCAGGUCCUUGAAGUCCAUAGAGGAGAACGUCCCCUGGAGAAAGUUCUAGAGUAGACCUACAGACAACUGGACAGUUAUCGGUAGAUCUACUCUAGAACUUCCUCCAGUUGUAGGCAGGUCUACUCUAGAACUUUCUCCAGAUGUUGGUAGGUCUACUCUAGAAGUUUCUACAGUUGUCAGUAGGUCUACUCUAGAACUUUCUCCAGUUGUCAGUAGGUCUACUCUAGAACUUUCUACAGUUGUCAAAAGGUCUACUCUAGAACUUUCUCCAGGGGACGUUCUCCUUUCCUGCUUCCAGUUUUUAAGUUUAGUCUCACUUAAAAUGUUCCAGGUCCUUGAAGUCCAUAGAGGUGGCCCCAGAUUUUUCACUUUUUAUGGACUUUUCCCAUCAUUUCUGAGCCUCAGAACUUCAUCAGUCCAGCAGAUAGACACAAAAAUAGUUUAACAUGCCUCAAGUCAUUUUUUCAUAAUGUUGGACAGAUUUUAAGGAAUCUGGAGUUUUUGUUUAUGAUUUUAGACAUUUUUAAACCUCAGAGCUUCGUUAGUACAGCAGAUAGACACAUAACAGGACAGUUUUUGAACCUUUUUGGAACAAUGUUGUAAUUUUGUCCAAUGCUUUUGAAUAUUUUCCAUCAUUUCUAAGCCUUUUUUUUUGCCAAUUUUUGUGUCAUUUUAAACAUCCAUCCAUCCAUCCAUCCAUUAUCUAUACACUGCUUAAUCCUCACUAGGGUCAUGGGGGGGCUGGAGUCUAUCCCAGCUGACUCAGGUGAAGGCAGGGGACACCCUAGACAGGUCACCAGUCUGUCACAGGGCUACAUACAGAGACAAACAAUCACUCUCACAUUCACACCUACGGGCAAUUUAGAAUGAUCAAUUAACCUCAGCAUAUUUUUGGACUGUAGGAGGAAGCCGGAGUACCCGGAGAAAACCCACGCAUGCACAGGGAGAACAUGCAAACUCCAUGCAGAAAGAUCCCGGGAAAGCCGGGACGCGAACCAGGGACCUUCUUGCUGCAAGGUGAAAGUGCUAACCACUACACCACUGUGCAGCCCCCAUUUUAAACAUUUUUGAGUAAUUUUGAAUCAUUUUUGGGUGAUUUUCAACAAUUAUUGGGUAAUGGUGUUCAACUUUGUUGUCAUUUUUUAAAGUUUUUUGAGCCAUUUUGUAAUUUUGUCCGAUGCUUUUGAAUAUUUUCCAUCAUUUCUGAGCCUCAAAACUUCAUCAGUACAGCAGAUAAACACAUUUAAGUUCUGGUAAAAACUGACACCAGAUCAGUUUUACGUCCAUCCAGGCACUAUCUUCCUACUAAACACUAAAUUUGGUUUAAACAUCUUUUUCUGAGGAGGUCGAGGGGAACUUCUUUGACAUUCUUGUUCUUGACGAUGUCGUUCAGUUCCUUAAAUCCUCCCUUAGAACAGUUGAAAAUGGUGCAAAUGGAAAAGGACCAAAGUUGUUGACGUCUGAGAGCAUUUUUCCGUGUUUUUGUCAUUGUGUUUCGUUAUCUGUACUGUAUCUUACAGUGUGCGUGCGAGUUUGCGAGAGAAAAUGCGAUUGUGAUCGAGUGUUUCCGACAUUCCUUGGAGCACUGGGAGCCAGUUGGGGUUGAAGUGGUUUAACUGGAGUCGCUCUGCGGUGCCAAACGAUGUGACUAAUGAGGUUUUUUUUAGCGGUAAUUAAAGGACGGAAGGAAACCACUAAACUCAAUCUCCCAGAGUCCUUUGCUACAGUGAGCCUGUGUAUUUAGUUGUGGUUCCUUCAGAGAGACGUUUAGUUUGAUAGUGUACAGUCUAAGUGAUCUAUUCUAUCUCAGUGUGUGAAUGCAGAUUAGGUGUGAUAAUUGUUAUUGAUAAUUGAUUAUCUAUCAGAAUUUAUAAGAGCUGUUUCUGACGUUUGCUAUCGUGGGAAGGUGUUGGGUUUUUCUUUCUCCGUUGGUUUGAACGUUUUUUAAGGGGAAUGUUUGUUUUUUUUCCAGCUUUUCAUCCACACUGUUCCAUCUUCAGCAUUGUUUCAGACCUUUAUUGUACAUACACCUGUAGCUGUGUAUAUUAAUAUAUUGGGAGCUCUUUGGUCCCAAAUCAUUUCACUCUGUACUCUCUUAUGUCUCCGUUUGGUUUUCUUAUAAUAAACAGUAAAAGUUGUCAAACAA